AUGUUUAAAAAUUUUCUUCUUAUAUUAUUUUUAUUAUUUAAUGAAACAUUUUGUUAUAUAAAUAUAAGAAAAAUUAAUUUAAAAAUAUUUAAAAUAUAUAGAAAAUUACAAAUGACUAAUGUUGAUGAGGUGUAUUGUAGACCUCAAUCAUUAAAAUAUAAAACAUACGGUAGACCAAAAAAUGAUUUAGUUUUAAGAGUUAUAGAAAAUAAAAAUGAAAAUAAAUUUUUCGAAAAAAUACCAAUAUGGAUUAUGCGUCAAGCUGGUAGAUAUUUACCUGAAUAUUUAGAAUAUCGCAAAAAAUAUGAUUUUUUUGAAAUAUGUAAAAAAGCAGAAUUAUCAUCAGAAGUAACAAUAAUGCCAUACAAAAGAUUUUCAAUUGAUAUGCUUGUGAUUUUUUCAGAUAUUUUAAUAAUUUUUAAUGCAAUGGGAUUAGAAAUAGAAUUUAUAGAAAAAGUGGGUCCAAUAUUCAAUAAAAAAAUAACAAGUUAUGAAGAUUUUGAGAAAUUAAAUUUAAAUAUUCCUGAAAUUAUAGAUAAUUUACAUUAUGUUUAUGACGCUAUUAAUUUAACAAAAAAAAAAAUUGAUAAUUCAGUUCCUAUAUUAGGUUUUGCUGGUUCUCCAUUUACCUUAUUUACAUAUUUAACAAAAAAUAAUAAAAAAACAUAUGAGGAUAGCUUAAAAUUAAUAUAUGAAAAACCAGAAGAUACACAUAAAAUUUUAAAUAAAUUAAGUGAUAUAUGUGCAAAUCAUUUAAUAAAUCAAAUAGACAGUGGUGCAAAUAUAAUUCAAAUUUUUGAUAGUAAUGCAGAAGUAGUAGAUAAAAAUAUCUUUAAAGAAUUUAGUGUUAAAUACUUAGAAAAAGUUAUUAAUUUAAUUAAAAAACAUAGACCUCAGUGUUAUAUUAUUUUAUUUAUUAAAGACAAUUUUCAUGAAUGUAUUAAAAAUUUAAUGAUUGACGUAUUAUCUAUUACUCAUAAGCAAUUAUCAGAAAAAUCAUCUGAAUUUUACUACAAGCUAUUUCAAAAUCAAAUUAUAUUACAAGGUGCAUUAGAUCCACAUAUAUUACUAUUAGAUGAUAAUAAAUUAAUCAAAAAUUAUACAAAAAAAAUGAUAGAUAAAAUUUUUUAUAAAAAUAAAUAUAUAGCUAAUUUAGGUCAUGGAAUAUUACCAAAUUCAAAAAUAGACAACGUUCAUACUUUUAUUAAUACAAUAAAUGAAUAUGAAUUACAACAUUAA